GCUGGAGCCCAAUAAACCCGUAGUGAGGCAGAUGAAGUCAGCUCAGCAGCCGUACACGAUGUGCUUCCGGGUCAAGUUUUACCCACAUGAGCCAAUGAAAAUCAAGGAAGAGCUCACCAGGUAUCUCCUGUACCUUCAGUUGAAGAGAGACAUCUAUCAUGGUCGUCUACUGUGUCCUUUUGCUGAAGCUGCAUAUCUGGGAGCCUGCAUCAUACAGGCUGAGCUUGGGGACUAUGACCCAGAGGAGCACCCAUCAGACUACAUCAGAGACUUCAAGCUGUUCCCUAAACAAUCCCUCAAACUGGAGAGGAAGAUAAUGGAAAUUCACAAGAAUGAGCUCAGGGGCCAGUGUGCUGAGCUAGCAGAGCUGAACAUGCUCCAAAGGGCUCACAGUCUUGAAACAUAUGGAGUCGACCCUCACCCAUGCAAGGACUUUACAGGCUCUACUGCCUUUCUUGGGUUCACAGCCACAGGUUUUGUGGUCUUCCAGGGAAACAAGAGGAUUCACCUCCUCAAAUGGGCUGACGUUAGCAAGCUGAAGUUUGAAGGAAAAACCUUUUACGUCAUUGGCAUUCAGAAAGAGAAGAAGCUGGUGUUGACAUUUCACACCUCGACCCCUGCAGCGUGUAAGCACUUAUGGAAGUGCGGGGUGGAGAACCAGGCCUUUUACAAGUGUGCAAAGUCAAGUCAGAUAAAAACAGUUUCCAGCAGUAAUAUCUUCUUCAAAGGCAGCAGGUUCAGAUACAGUGGCAGAGUAGCCAAGGAAGUGAUAGAAGCCAGCUCCAAAAUUCAGAGAGAGCCACCAGAAGUGCGCAGAGCUCAGUUUGGUCAGAGUCGAAGUUUUAACUCUCUGAGCCAUAAAAAUCUCAUCAUGAACAUGGAACCUUUGGUACCUGCACUGCCCUCCACCAACGAAUACGAAGAGACGGCUGUAGACAGCGGUGUUGCUGCUGUGAAGGACUCGGUCCCCCUGUCUCCCCUCAAAUCUUCAGCUGGGUCUGCAGAUGCAGAGCAGCAAAGUACUGAAGCAGGAAACUCUGCUUCGGGCAAUGACUUGCAGCCUCGUGUUUCCAUGGAAACCUCAAGUCUCCGACCUCAGACGCCCAAAGCUGAACAUGAAUUGGAGGAAGACGAUGAGGCCGGCGGCACACUGACCAUUUCUGAGCUUACUUACAGUCCCUGUGCCAGCAUGCUUCCCACCCCAGUGGACGACAGCCAGGGAGGAGUCGACUUGCUCUUCUCCUCUCCAGUUCAAAGCCCCGCCAGGUUGCUUAGGGAGCUCCAUGCUGAUCCUGACAUCCAGGCCCAGCUGGAGGCCGAGAGAGAGCGAGACAGGGCCUAUGAGCGCACCCGCCUGGCUGCAAGAAGUCGAAUGAGCAGAGUCCUGACCAGCAGUCUGCGCCUGCUAUCAUCCAAUGACAGAGUCAAUGCUUGCGUGUUGAGCGUGGCCCGCUUUGUCGCUGUGGUAAUGGGGGUCCUGCUCGUCACCGUGCCCACACUGCUGCUGCUGCUGGAGUCAGAUAUUGACGUGUCCUUCCUCCAUGAGAUCCGGCAGACACCGGAGUUUGAGCAGUUUCACUACGAGUAUUACUGCCCGCUCCGACGCUGGAUCCUGUGUAAGAUCAGCAUGGCCAUGGAGAACCUGUGGUCAGACUGAGAAGGGAAAAGACAUUCAGAAAAAGAGCAGAGAGAAGAGGCACUGUGAGGAAAACAAAUACGUCCAAGUGUAUGUCUUAACAUGUGAUUUAAUCUUAUAUUUAAUCUAGUAUUCAGCCAAAACACCAGUCUGCCAAAGAGAUGAAAUGAGACUGUAGUUUAUGCAACACUACAUUGGCUCAGAAAAUUCUUGUUGGAUGUUUCAUUCAAAAAAUCAAUUACAUUUCUGUCAGGAUCCCUAAAAUGAGGCAAAAACACUGGGACAAGAGCAUUUGUUUCACCUCUUUGGCUGCGUAAUUUGCUGCUUGGAAGAUAGAAAUACAAUUUUAAUAGUAGCAUUUAGUCACUUGUUAAGAUAAACACUUCAGAUAGUGAUGAAGUGAAAAGAUAGAGGACAGUAGAUGCUCAAGGAGGAACUUGUGGAAAGGGAUGUAAUGGACAUAGAAAAAGUCACAAAAAGAAGAAAUUUGAAUGGCUGUUCACUCCUGAUGCUGAUAAAUUGAUGAGGAGACUCUCCACGAACCUUUCUGAUUGGUUCCUGUCCUUGGAGCACCUGAUUGGUAACAGAGCCUGUCAGUCAUGACGGAGUGGGUGGACACAGAAAGCUAUGAUUGAUUAGUCACUGAACAACAACAUCCACAGUCAGAGGUACAUUAUAUAAAUAUAUACAUAUAUAUUUAAAAAAAAACAAGAGAUAUUGAUAAGAAUGCCAAUUAAAAAAAACUUGUUUUUAACAUUUUGUACAUUUUUAUGUGAUCAGAUCUUUCAGGAAUUUUUCAGUCAGAGGAUCUACUUUGAGCUUAUUUUCAAAUUAAUAGUUUACAAAAGAUUACAAAAAAAAGCGAAUUUGCUGAGAUUUAUCAGGGUGUGAGUGUUGAGAAACUAUUUUUUAGGACUACCAACAACAGUUGUUGGCUUGGUAGCACCCUGGCUUUUUCCUACAGAGGCUAUAGCACAAAUCUUUUACACAGAUCACUGAUUACAACUGUUUCAGAUUACGUGAUGUCAUUUUGGAAAGAUGAGGAAGGCCGGAGAAAAACUCUCAGCUUGUUUUCUUUGAUAAAAUGUGUUUCGAUGAAAGUGUAAAUGUCAUCUGAACUAAAUGUUAGCUCAUUAGUUUACGGUCGCUCAUGCAUCUUCAAACAGUGUGGACAGAGUCUGCGGUAAACGUAUGAAAAAAGGAAGAAAAGGUUACAGGAAAGUUCAUGAGGGAAAAUGAUCGUGGAAUUGAGGUUCAUUUUUGAUUAGUCAGCAAUGUGCUACUUCACAGGGAGCUGUGCAUAAGUUUCAGGAGAAACUAACGAUGGGUUGGUGUGGCUGACUCAAAAGAGUGUGCUCCAACGACACUGUGGGACAAGUGAUGCGUUUAAUGGCCUGAAACCGCUCAUGAAGGUAAUGUAUUGGCGCGGUUGCAGUUGCAGUUAUUAAUCUUGCAGAAUAAGAUCAGCAGUUUGGUCACAGACACAGUCACUGGAGUACAUUUCUAAAAGGUUCUGUGGUUGCAUCAUGUUGAGUAUUUAUCUUUGGAUGUGACCAAAGACAGAGGUAUCAUGUUGCAGUGUAGACACAGUGAAUCAUGGGAUUCUGGUUUGAGGAGAUUUAAGGUUCUGUUCAUGGAUAUAUACUUCUAAUUUGGCUUAAGUAUUCACCCCGACCAGUCACCAAAUAAACUAAAACCUCUUUCCUAGCACUGUAUAGGCCCCACAGGUACUGGCAAAAACCUCUGAGAGUGAGCAUUAACGAUCCUCUGUUUCCUGGGAAUGCUUGAUCAGAUUGGGACCUAAGGAUAUUGGAUGACAGGUCAGCACUGCUUUAUUUGCUUUACUUGAUAGAUAUCAAAGUAUAUUAACAUGAAGGCCUACAGUUUCAUAGUGAAACAGCCCCUAUUCACUUCAGGUGUGAGUGUUUGCAUAGACUCAUCAUCAAUGUCAUGAUAAUCUGUGGAUUUUAAUGAUUUCUUUGAGCAGUUUUUUCAGGGUGGAAUGAUUUUACAACAUACAUCUUUAAUGACUAUAAAAACACAAACUUUGUGCAUAAGUUUCAAUUUAUUUUGGAUUUUCUCUAAUUCACGAAGGGAUAGUUUAAGUAUAAGUCAAAAGUAUGCAGGCUUAAAUAUAUAGAUGUACUCUGACUAACAUUUUGUUGAAAAUCUCUUGUUGCACCUUGACCUCAUGCUUUUGGUAGCCAUCAACAUGUCUGUUGUAAUUCUAGCUGGACAUUUGACCAUUCUUGGCAGAACUGGUAGAGUUUAUUUAUUAUUUAUUCAAGUGACACCCUGUGUCCACCCUGUGUGGAUUAGACAAAAUCCAAAAUGCAUUCAAAAUAGUGCAGCCGGUCUUUAAAGAUGUAUGCUGUACAUUGAUUGCACGCUGGGAAAAGAACAGUUCAAGGAAAUCAUUAAAAGCCCAAAGUUGCCAUGACUUUCAUGACGAGUGCAUGUAAACAUCUGACCACAACUGUAACUUGUUGUUGAUUGGUGUGUAAAUUUAGGAUCAACUCAAGUCAUUGGAAGUGACAUCCUGCUAUGUGUAUACAUAGGAAAACUGAUCUGGACCAGAGAGUGUAGGAUUUUGGAAAUUAUUCACAUUUGUCUGCCAUGAAAGUAUAAAAGGUGAGAUCAAAUAUAGGGCAAGUCAAGGUUUCUGUGUGUGUGCUGUCUGUAUAGAUGAUCUCAAAACUGUCAGUAAGUAAAAGUUUACUUUUUGGACCUUACAGCCAUCAACUUGUUGGUUGAACCUGUGACGAUGGCUGUCUGUUACAACAUAGUGACUCUGAAUGAAAGUGAUGCUAAAUGGCUUCAGAUCAAAUGAAAACAGAUGUAGUUGUGUCCGAAAUGUAGUUUGAUUUGGAUCAACUUCUCAGGAAAGGGCAUUUAUGCAGUUUAUGUUAAAAAAUUAAAAAGUCAUUAAUAAAAAAAAACAUGCAUAUACACACCAUGUAAUUUAUCCAUAACCUUUAUCUCAUAUGUCUUGCUAUUUAGAAUAACCAAGCACUGUAGGUGAAGUUAGACAUUAAUAUGUUGGCUGACUGUCUGUGUUGUUGUAGCAUAAUUUCACAUAACUAAUGUAUGCAUCCAUGUCAGUUUCAUUAAAAUACUACACAAAACUCCUUCUCUGAGAGCCUGUACGUGCAGUUUGGCCUUCAUAGAUAAACUUCAAUGCUCUUUGCACUACUAUCACAACUGGGAAUGGCAACAGAGUAUAAUUUCUAGCCAGUCUCGAGGGUCUAUUACAAAAUCAUCACUUAAAGUUGAUUUUUCCACUCCUCGUACUCUUUGUAAGUGAGCUGCUACAGAGGCUUCUGCAGUGCACAGCCCUCACAUUCUCUUCUAUCUAUUCUGCCUCAUGUUAUCAGCUGUGUUGUCGUGUAACUGUGGACUUUAUGCAUUAACAAGCUUUAUGCAUAUAUAGCAGAUAUGCAGUAACAACAGGAACAAGUUUAUUUGAGGACAAAGCAUUUAUUUUCCUACUACAGCACAUGCACUGAGUUUCAAAGGUGAAACUGAGCAAAGGGCCAAAUGACUCUGAUGAUGAUGUUUGCAUCUAACGCUGCAGAUUCUGAGAUUUUAUUUUUUUUUAAACGGCUUCACUCGAGUGAACAAAGCUGAUCUGUAUGCACUGCUAAAUGAUCACAUCAUCUCUGUCUUCAUAGCGUGUAUGCACAGGCAUCAAAGUGCUCAAGAGAUUCACCACAGAUUAAAAGACUCUUCACGGCUCUAAAGAUGCAGGACUUGGUUCUUUAUUUCUGUGCUCCACCUUCCUGCAGUUAAACCAGGGAAUCUAUCUUUUUUGGUUCCUUUUGCUGACCUCUCAGUGCAGGUUGCAUGCCCUUCAUCUGUAAAUACUGUGUUUAUAGCUGUGGCAAAAGAAAAAACCAGUCUGGUUAAAGAUUUCCUUUCUUUCUUUCCUCUGUGUGUCUUGUCUGUGUAAAGCAAUCCACUGUAGAUUACAGGCUUGGCUGUCUCAACCAUCAUAGAUAAAUGCAUGUUCUCUGUGUUUUUACCAAGAGGAGAAACUGAUGAUCUUUUUGAAACCAAAAACCACUUUGCAGUGAUCUUUGGACUUAAUUUUAGUCACUCACUUCUCAACAUAGACUACAGGUGGUUGCUAACUGUGUUAACUUAAGUAAUAUUCUCAUCAGAUGAAGAGCAGCUCCUCUAGUUAGCUACAUUGUGCUUUUGCUGUGUGCUUGUACAUCAUUAAAGCCAGACCUCAUUGCUAACAGAGCAUGCUAGCAUAUUAGCCACUGAUGCCAUUAGCAAGGCUAGAUUUCAUUCACUUUCACUUCACAGAAAUGAAUUUAAUCUCACUAAUUGUAAAGUAUUAAUUCCAACUUGCUCAGAUCUUUAGUUUGUAACUAGAAAAUUAGAAUCAACCACUGACUCAUUGCAAACAACAGAAAGGCCUUUGGGGUCUAUUUGAUACUGUAGCACUAUGUUAGUCUGUAGCUCAUUUAUACAUUAACACCCUUUAAAAAAAAGGAGAAUUGAACCACUUUGAGAUUCAGCUCUUUUUUUUUUAGCUACAGAACUUGGGUUUCUGCUAUUGACAAACAGCAUACAGGAUGGACUGGGAGAACAACUUUUGUUGCCUAAUUAUAAAGAAAACUGUGAUAAAGAAAAAAAUAGUAAAGUAAAAAAAAAAAAAUCACAUACAAUUUGAUGUCACAUCUAAGUGCAAAUUCAGAAGAUAUCGGCAUGAGUCAAGUAUUUACAAACCUUAAAUUUAACUGCCUGUCUACAUAUCUGGAAAGUUAACAGCAAAAACGCUUAACUAACACUUGGAAAUCAGAUUGUUUAAAACUACUAUACACAACCGAAUACACUAAUACAUGUUUUAAUUCAUUUAUUUAAGAUUUUAAAUAUUUGAACUCAGGUCUACUAUAUGCAAAACUACUGGACAUCACAUGGUAGAGCAAAAUAAACUGUAUAUUAUUUCAGUGUUGUGUGGGCAUGUACAGUAGUAGCAGAAUCUCUUGCACGGUCCCUGUAUUGUUUUGAUUGUUAUUGUUAAAUCUGAUUGUUUUGUUGUUUUAUCAGUUAGUCAAAUCCUUUUGUUGUUUCUUUUUUGUCAUUUUGUCACUUUUAAUAAUAAACUCUGGGAGAUUUGAUUUAGGAAGAGUCAGAAAAAAAGGGGAAAACCAUCCCUCGAGUAACAACCCCCCCUUCUCUACUGGGACAACCAAGCCUUAUAAACUUUGUGAAGUGAACAUUUUGAAUGUUUGUAUGUUAUAACAGAAAUCAUGGUUUGUUUUAUAUGUUAAUACUGCCACAAUAAAGCUCCCUGAUGAAUAUA